GGGUGAGGAUGAUUGUGACCUCACCAUUGACGCAUUUCCAUGUAUGUUGUUGGGUUUCUGCUGUUUUGUGGCUGCAGGAAAAUGAACACGUACUUGAACCUGCUCGACGCCGACCAGAGGAAGACUUUGGGGGACAUCCGACGCCGCAAAGUCGUUCCCCACCACUACCUCGACUGGAGGGUCUUCGAAGAGCUAGGUGCUCGCGAGGCAAUGGAGGCUGCCAUCUGCGCUUUCUCUUGGCUCCGCCUCCUCUGCCUUGCCGAGCCGGUUUAUCAGGAGCUCCUCUGGGAGUUCUACUCCACCUUCGAGCACUUCCGGACCCACGCGGGCGCGCACGGCAACGCCAUCCAGUUCCGACUCGGAGGGGAGUUCUACUCCCUGAGCUAUGACGACUUUGGUCGGGCACUGGGGCUCCUUCCACCAUUCCCCUGUCACCUGGCCAUCGAGGAGCUUGACAGUCCCAUCUUUCGGGACCAGCAGUUUUUCGAGAGGAUCUGCCUCCCGGAGUUUGCAGGAGCUGUUUUCACACCGGGCCACACCACGGCCACUCAGCUGCGACCAGAGUGGCGCAUCAUCAACCAGCUGUUGGGGAAAUCCUACACACCCAGCGAGGGCUCCACCAGUCAUCUCCAGCUCCGCACCCUGCAUUGCCUGCACUCCAUGAGCCACGAGGUGGACAACCUCCAUCUGUCCUCUCUCAUCGCCAGGACCGUUGCCAAGCAUAAACGGUGUAAUCGACGCCUGGCGUGUGGGCCGGUGGUCACUGCCCUGGCGCGGUACUACAACGUCGACCUCUCCUGGUUCACUGUCAUCCAGGAGGCGACGCCAUUCUCCAGGGAGACCCUCCGGCGCCAGCUGAUACUGGAGCGCGACGGGAACGUGGUCUGGAUCAGGGGCCUUCCUUGCCCUGUUCCUCGUGCACCAGAGGGUGAGGAGCCACCAGAGGCCAGUAAUGCUGCAGCCCGUCGGACCACCCGCCGGACGAGGACUCGGCCCACCCCCUCUGCACCGGGCGACUCCACUUCCGGUGCCGGCCCGUCUGAUCACUUGUUCUUGACAGUCGUUUAUGCAUCUAGUUCAGGGUAUCAGAAUGUGAGAUAGAGCAUAUAGGUAGCCAUGUGAGAUUUGAGCCUGCUCGUUUCUUUCUUGUGCGAUAGAUCCCUCUUCCAUGAUGUGUAGCAUUCACGUUGUCACUAGCUAAUAUGAUGGGGGCAUAGGAUUAGCCCACGCCCAAAAACUGACUGUCCUGAUGUGUCAUAUCCCCUAGUCAGCCCCUUUGAGCCGUGUGUUAUCCUUUCUUUUGGUCUAUAACGAAAAAAAUCACCCUUGUUGCAUCUUUUAGAAGGUUCCACAGAGUGGUUGUUACAUAUUCUCUGCUGUUUCUGCUGAAGUUUAUGUGAGUGUUGGAGGUAGUGCUUAAAAGUUGGGCAGAUGUUUGAAAUAUGUGCAGAAGUGGUGGCUCUCUUAAGAAAUGAAAAGAAAAAUG